CCAAUCAACCAACCAACCAACCCUGAGAAUGGAGAGUGCAGCAAAGUCCAUUGCCAGCAAGGUUGGCCAGGUGCUGGUUGAUGAGCUCCAGGACAUCCGCGGCGUUGGCAACAAGGUCGUGCACCUGCGGGACGAGCUGGCUACCAUGAACGCCGCACUCCGCAUCAUCUCCGAGGCCGACCAGGACAAAGUCGACCAUCUCGUCCGAGAGUGGGAGAAGCAGGUGCACGACCUUGCCUACGACGCCGAAGACUGCACCGACACCUACUCGCUCCGCAUCAUCCGGCCCUCCCCACCACCGCCGGAUGACUUCGCUGGCAACAAGCUCAUCUUCUCCUGGGCCGGGUACCUGCUCGGCCGCGCCAAGCGCGUUGCCCGGUAUCCGUAUGAGAAGCUCGUGCUACAGCGCACCCUCGCCGCUGACAUCAAGGACCUCUUGGCACGUACCACCACCAUCAGCGAACGCCGCGUUCGAUACGGCAUCGACCGGGCGGAGCUGCCAAGAGCCGCCAGCUUCAUCCCUGUCUCGGCGUCAUCAAUCUCCGCGAGUGCCCUCCGCCGUGCCCACAACCCUGAUCAGUUUGUCGGCAUCACGGAUCAGGUCAGCGCCCUGGCUGUCAAGAUCAAGGCGGCGGACCAGGAUGAGGAUGACAAGAGUCUCAAGGUGUUCUCCAUUGUGGGGUUCGGAGGGCUGGGGAAGACAACCCUGGCCAUGGAGGUGUGCCGGCAGCUGGACAAAGAGUUUCCCCGCCAGGCGAUGGUAUCCGUGCCACAAGCGUUUGCUGGAGAGAAGGACGUCAAGGGACUGCUGGUACGAGUGCUGCAGCAGAUCCUCAAGGAGAAACAACCAAAUGGCAACCAACUUCAUGUUGACCGGAUGGAUGUGGAUGACCUGUCCAAGAAGAUCAAGGAGCUCCUCAAGCAGACGAGGUGUCUCAUUGUGGUCGAUGAUGUAUGGAGCCUAUCAUCCUGGGAAGCUAUCCGUGGUAGAUUGGCAGAAAACAAUUGUGGCAGCAGAAUCAUUUUGACAACCCGGAUAGACGAGGUGGCCAAGGCAGCUAGUGUCUCAGAGUACUUUGUCCAUCAUAUGAAGACCUUGGAACUCGAAGCCUCUCAGAAGCUGUUUGUGCAGAGAGUAUUUGGCUCCACAGAUUGCCCCUCAGAACUUAAAGUUUUCAUGGACACAAUUUUGAAAAGAUGUGGGGGAUUGCCAUUGGCCAUCGUUAGCAUCGCCAGCCUUUUCGGAAGCUAUAGGUCGGCUGAGGGCAUAGAGAUGUGGGAAAGAGUUUCUAGAUCAAUUGGUUCUCAGCUGGAGAACCACCCUAAUCUCGAGGGGAUGAGGCGGUUGCUUGCACUUAGCUAUGACUACUUGCCUCAUCAUCUCAAGGCUUGUAUGUUGUAUCUCAGCAUUUUCCCAGAGGACUAUGUGAUUGCCAAGGAUAGGUUGCUAUAUAGAUGGAUUGCUGAAGGUUUGGUCACCGAGAAGCGGGGGUUGACUUUGUUGGAGGUUGCGGAAGAAUACUUCAAUGAGCUGAUAAGUAGGAAUAUGAUUCAACUAGACAAGUGUUUGCACAUGGAUUUCGGUUUGGGAGAAGUGGAGGUAGAAGGCUUGCGAGUGCAUGAUAUGAUCCUUGAGGUCAUGGUGUCCAAAUCCCAAGAGUAUGGCCUCGGCAAGCUACUAGAUAGUCUAGGUGAGUUCAAAUUGCUCAGGGUACUUGACCUGAACGAUUGUCGGGCCUUGCAAAACAAGCACAUGAGAGAUGUCUGCCGAUUGUAUCUUCUCAGGUUUUUGAGCUUGAGGGGUACGCACAUCUCAGUGAUGCCUCACAAAGUUGGUAAUCUAGAGCACUUGGAAAUUCUUGAUAUAAAAAACACGGGCAUCGGAGUGGGACUGCCACGAACUGUGGCUAAGCUGAGCAAACUAGAGUGCCUCAGGUGCAGUACAUGGCUUCUGCCACGGGGGCUAGGGAACAUGAAGUCAUUGCGCAUCUUGGACACGGGAAUCCUCGAUGGCGACAAUGUUCAAUUAGUUACCCAAGAGAUCGGCAAGAUGGCACAACUGCAGGAAAUACGUAUCAUAAUCGAGAGCAAUUUCCAAACGGGUGAGUUCAUACAGGAGUCUUUGCCUAUGCUUUCCACGUCCCUGAGCAAGACAAGCAUUCUGCGAUCGCUCCACCUGGAAUGCAAUCCUUCACCAACGGAGAGUGCGAUCAAUUUUGAGUUUCUCCACGGCGUGAACCCACCGCCACCAGUACUCCAACGCCUUAGUUUGAUUGGGCGCAUUAUCCAACUUCCUGCCUGGAUCUCAUUACUCACACACCUCACAAAGUUUGAAGUUGGAUGGUCACAACUUGCCGGCGACCAGUUAUUUGGUGUCUUGUGUAAGUUGCCCAACCUGCAGACCAUCCAACUGGGGGGAUAUAGCUACGUGGGCCCAAAACUUGUUGCGCAUGAGGACCAUAGCUUCCCGGUGCUGAAGAUACUGAAGGUUUCACUAUGUCCUACCAUGAUCAUCUUCGAGGAAGGAUUAAUAAAAAAGCUCGAGACACUUGCAUUGGUGGUUGAUGACAUGAAUAUGAAUGUUCUCGGUCUCGAGAACUUGGAGAACCUUAAAGAGGUUAAAAUCCGUGAUAAGGAUGACAACCAAGCAAUGAAACAUGCAGUGGUACAGCUCAAGACUCUCUCUGAGUCCAAACCGAUCAAAGUUGUACACUGCACGAUCCUAAACCCUAAGCCGCCGCCGCGCCUCUACGCGCCGCCACCGCCGCUUCGCUUCCGCUCCAUCUCACCCGUGCCGUACCAUCCCGCGUCACCAGCGCCGCUUCGCUCCAUCGCUCCAGCGCCGCGAGCCUCCGUGAGCGUCACGCCAAGCCAUCGCCGCGCAUCGCUCCAGCCGCUCCGCGUCGUUCCAACCCAGCGCCACGCACCUCCGCGUAGCAGCACGCCAGCUAUCGCCACGCCGCGUCGUUCCAACCCAGCCUCCCGCGCCGCAUCACGCCAGCCAUCACCACGCCGCAUCGCUCCAGCCACGCCGCGUCGCUUUCUGUUCUACCAGCGUCGCUCCUGCGUCGCAGCCCUUCGCAACCCUAACCUUAGUCAUGAGUUCCUCCUCCUCCACCGUCUUCACCCGUUCGCCGGUCCUGAUGUCACUCUCGUCCGUGAUCUCAACAUCCACGAGCGCGUCCCGGUGAAACUUGAUCAAUCCACAGCCUCCUACUCCGCUUGGAAGCAGUAUUUUUCGCUGGUGUUCCGCGAGUACCUCCUUCAUGGCCACGUUGACGGCACCGUGGACUCGGCCCUCAUGAUCCAUGACGAGGACGAGUUGUACGAGUGCCAGCAGCUUGACUCGUCCAUCGACGAUUUUUGCAUGCGCCUGAAAAAGCUUGCCGAUGAGCUCUGCGAUCUCGAGGAGACGGUUGGCGACGAGCUCCUCAUCAGCACCCUCACCGCCGGUCUGAACGAGGAUUUUGAGAACGCCGCCUCCAACCUCACCCUCAUCCCGGAGCCUACUUUCGCUAAGGUGGUGGCGUACCUCAAGCUAGAGGAGCGCCGGAUGAGGAUGGCACGGACUCGGGCGACCCACGCCGCCCUCGUCACCGGCACCCGCGGGGGUCAAGCCCCGCCACCUCCGCGCCCGACGCCGCCUCAGCCGGCGGCGCACGCUUUCCGCCCGGCUUCUCGCCCGCCCUGGCUUUUCCCUUCCCGCCGCCCCAGCAGGCGACCAAUGGGGGGGGGGGUCGUCGCGGCGGCUGUAAGCAGGGGGGCGCGGGCGCUCAGGGAGGAGCACCUCACCCACCACAGCAGGCCUACCAGUCGGCCCCAUGCAGCAGGUACCCCUUGUCGCCUCAUCGCCGCCGGCCACCGGCGGCCCCUCGGCGAUUCCGUCAGGUGGACGGCCCCGCCCGGCUCUCGGACCGCCUCCGGGCUUUGGCGGUCCUCGCGCCGUGGGACGAGCUGCGCCUCGCGCCCCCACGCCAGCGCCUGCCCUCUCGGCCUCCUCGGCCAACCACGAUGCCUCGGCUGGCCCCCCUUCACCCGCCGCCCCCAACUCGGGCGUCACGGGCUCGGGGGCCGCCGGCUCGGCCGCCACUUCGGCCGCCUCGGCCACCGCCUCGCCGGCCCCGUCGCCGGCCCCUUCCCCAGCCCCGUCGUUGGCCGCCUCGCCGGUCCAGUCGCUGGCCCGUCGCUGGCCGCCUCACCGACUGCUUUGCCGCCUGCCUCGCCGGCCGCUCCGGUGUUGCCGUCUGGCCCUGUUACACGUGCUAGGACAGGCGUUCACCGUCCGAGCCUGCGGUACUCGAGCGAUGAGUACCUCCUCGCCGCCUCCACCACGGAGCCGUCUCCUCUUCCCGCGUCCGCUCGCACAGCCCUCUGUGAUCCUCACUGGCUUGCGGCGAUGCAGGAAGAGUUCGACGCUCUUCAGCGGAACAGUACCUGGACACUGGUUCCCCGGCCUCCUCGCGCCAAUGUCAUCACCGGCAAGUCGGUCUUUCGCCACAAGACCCGCUCGGAUGGUACACUUGAGCGCUACAAGGCUCGCUGGGUGGUUAGUGGUUUUUAA